AUGGACAAGAACCAAAGAGCCUCAGUUGUCAAGGUCAUCAGCCCGGAGAAGCCUCGGAACUCGAGCAGCCCCCCGAUCCCCUCUGCCCUCCGAAGUGUCAACUUCCCUCCUCCGUCGCUCGAGAGCACCACAGACGAGUCGAGCAGCGAUGAGCUCAUCAUCGCAAACCGCGCACAUCCGGGCAGCCAGCUUCACCAGACACAGAGCAAAGUGGGAAUGAAUUUUGAUCCCGCGUUCAGCUACCCCCCUGCUCCCAUGUCUCCGAAUCAACUCUUCGACGCAUUCUCAUCCACGAACACGUUCGCAGCCAGUAAUCCGCCUCCUUCCUUGCCCCCUAAUGACCUACUCGCGAACCCGGGCCCUGCUUGGAACCUGGACCUGCUCCAGAGCCCUCAACUCGGGCACAUUCUCUCACCGCAAGCGGAGAUCGCAGUCAGAGUCGGUAACGCGCGCACCCUCGCUCACAACGGCUACCGCGGCCCCUUUGAUAUCGGCCGCCUCACCUGCCUCAUCGACCCAUACACCGGCGAGCCCAGCCCCAUCGCCGAGACGCGCCCCAAUGACCACGGCAAUAUGGUCACGUAUGAUCUGCACACCAAGGAGAACAUCCUCGACGCCGAGCCCUGCCAGACGGGCACCGCCCGGUGGAGCAGGAAAGGCGAGUUCACUGGCUUUGCAGAGUCGAGCGCCGCUUCGUGGAACCCGGCCAUGCCCCCGCCUCAGGUCGAUGAAAUCAAGGAUCCGCGCUUCAAGCCGAACGCAAAGGAUGCCUGGAUGGGUGCCAGGCUUGGUGAGGGCACUGUAUCUGUCAUGGUUCACGAUGAUGAUGUCCCGGAUGCGACGUCUAACUUGGGCCCGGCGCCGUCUUGGGUCAAGGACGCCAAUGGCAUUUUGGGUAUUCCGAACGAGGAUGACGAGGAUGAGGAGGGUCUCUUUGAAUAUUGCAACUUGGAUUUUGACGACUGA